CCCAUCAAAACCUCUUUCCUUCUCUUCUUAUCAUCUCUUCUAAAAAUUGGUCAAAACUCAUCCCUCCUCUUCCAUUUGCAUAUUCUUCUUUAUCAUCUUUUCUUCCCUAAAUUAGAGUCUAUCCUUCCGCCCAUAGUCUUUGACACCCUUUUCAAAAUUCUAGAACAAGAAUUUUAUUCUUCAUAUAUAUAUAUAUAUAUAUCCAAUUAACCAUCUCAAUCUCAUAUUCACAUAUACCUCAUAAACCAUCCAUAACAUCCUUAAAAACCCUCUAAGCCCUUUCAAACUUUGAUUUGUAAUUGUUUCUCUUAUAAGUCUUAACCUGCACAAAUCAAUUUUAAUUUCUUAUGUUCAUAUAGUUAUGAAUGAUUGAAAAAAACACAAAUGACUCCAGUUAUCUGUGAGAUCUCUAUGAUAAACUCUACUCUCAGACGCAGGACACAUUUAGUUCAAUCUUUCUCUGUUGUUUUCCUCUACUGGUUCUAUAUUUUCUCAUGAAUUAUUAAUUAAUCUAUAUUCUUUCUUUUCAAUACAAAUUUAGUUUCAUUAAUUCUAUCAACAUAAUCAAUUAAACUACAUAGUUAGAAAAAUAGUACUAUUACCACGAUCACAUCAAAGUUUUUUAGUUUUUAACAAACACAUCGGAACUGCAAUUGAUAUGGCUUCUUCUGGUGGAACUUAUUCAUCUGGCACAAGCUCUCUUCAAAACUCUGGAUCAGAGGGAGAUCAUAAUCACGUGCAGGUGAACAUAACAGAUCAAAAGAAGAGGAAGAGAAUGCAAUCCAACAGAGAAUCAGCACGAAGAUCAAGGAUGAAGAAACAACAACAUAUGGAAGAUCUAAGCAACCAAAUUGAACAGCUGAAAAAAGAGAAUAUUCAAAUAAGCACAAACGUUGGAGUAACUACUCAGAUGUAUCUGAACGUGGAAUCUGAAAAUGCUAUUCUUAGGGUUCAAAUGGCUGAACUUAGCCACAGGUUGCAAUCACUUAAUGAUAUUAUUCAUUACAUUGAAUCAAGUAACUCACUCUUUCAGGAGACAGAUCAAUUGUUCAAUGAUUGUGGAUUCUCGGACACAUGGAACACUUUUCCUGUUAAUCAACAACCAAUCAUGGCUUCUUCGGAUCAUAUGUUAAUGUAUUGAUUGGUGAAUAAUUUUGAUGACAAAUUAUGUAUCAACGGCUUUUGGUUGCUUCUGUGUGCUAGCUAGUUGAUUGUAACAUGUAACAACCCCUGCUUGUCUUGUCUCUAGUAUUUUUAUAUUUUUGUUUAGUUGUAAUGUCAAAUUGUCAAUUGCUUUCAUUUUAUAUUAGAUUAUUAUUAUAUUAUAAGUUUUAUAUGAGAUGUAUUAAGGUCUGUGUCUAUGUAACUUUUUAGAAGGGUUUUUUAUUUUGAUGAUUUAUGCAAUUGGAAUUAUUACCAA